AUGCCGGCCAUGCUGGAUGACCCGGCGAGCCCCACAAUCUACCGCGUCUCCGGCGCCCCGCCCUACCCGGACCCGAACAAGCCCGAACUACCGGCCGACAUCGUCCCCCGUCAAGUGACCCUCCGGGACCGCCAGACCGUCGCCACAAUCAUCCCCUUCGCCUCCCAGCAUGAGGUGCCACAGUCCCUCGUCCGCUACCUCAGCGACCAGCUCAACAAGGAAAUCGAGGGCGGCGACACCUACCCGAUGACCGAGGUCAUGGCCCCCGAGAAGUUCGGCGCCUACUGGUUCCAGAACUUCGGCGCCGUCAUGCUCCUCGGCAACGUCGACCCCUCCGACCUCGCCGAGGACAUGGACUGGUCCCGCGAGUGCCUCGGCAGCUUCUACAUCAAGCCCAACUACCCGGGCCGCAGCUCCCACGUCUGCAACGCCGGCUUCCUCGUCACCGACGCCUCCCGCAACCGCGGCGUCGGCCGCCUCAUGGGCGAGUGCUACAUCGACUGGGCCCCGAAGCUGGGCUACACCUACUCCGUCUUCAACCUCGUCUACGAGACCAACGUCGCCUCGUGCAAGAUCUGGGACGCCCUCGGCUUCAAGCGCAUCGGCCGCGUCAAGGGCUGCGGCAACCUCAAGUCCCACCCGGGCGUGCUCAUCGACGCCAUCAUCUACGGGCGCGACCUCGUCCCCGGCGAAUCCGAGGAACUCGUGAGUGAAGAGCGUUUCGACAAGAUCAAGUUCUACCUCAAGUACGGCAAGUACCCGGCCGGGGCUGACCGCGCCGAGAAAAGCAGGCUCCGGAGCGCCGCCACCCACUACAAGCUGCUUGACGGCGACCGCCUGAUGCUCAAGGACAAGGAGGUCGUCCCGGACCCGCGGAGACAGUACGAGAUCGCGCGCGAGGUCCACGUCGCCAGCCACGGCGGCAUCAACAAGACGACGGCCACCAUUGCCGAGAAGUAUCACUGGAGCCGGAUCAAGGAGACGGUGAGCGACGUUAUCCGGAACUGUGCUGAGUGUAAGGAGUUGGGGAAGAUGCCUGCGCCGGGGGGUAACGGUGGUGCGAGGGGCAGGGCGGCGGCCGCCGCAGCAGCUGCCGCGAGUAAAGCCGCGCCUAUUUCUAACAAUUCUCUUUCGGAUCAUCAUUCUUUGUCUGCUUCUACUACCACGCCGCCCCUAUCGACCGCGAACGCCAGCGCCGCAGCUCGCGCUCUGGGGCUCCAGAAUCACCAUCUUCCGCCUCUCUCUCCACCUCGGUCAUCACCCUAUGCAGAAGUCGCGUCAAUACCACCGUCACAUACCCUCCGCGACCCAUCAGCCUCUCCCCUCCCACGCCAUCCACAUCACAACCCCAUGUUACAAGACGAAUCAUACCAGCCCAUCGACCCGCAAAUCAUCGGCCCGCCGGCGACAACUCACGACCCGUACAGCCAUUAUCACCCGCACCAUACAGACUUCCAAGCUUUGCUGAACGCGACAGAGGCGGAGGAGACGCCGGAGGAGGCGGCUGCUGUGGAUCGAGAUUUGGAUAUGCUUAUUGAACAAGGGGACGAUGAGGAGGAAGAAGAUGUGGAUGAACCUAUGGGGGAUAAGGGACAGGAUAAGGAAAUGUAUGGGAUGGGGUACUCUGCGGGAUGA